AUCUCCGUUCGCUUCGAAUUCUCGAGCGUACCGUCGAGUACAUCGGGCGAUCCGCCGCGAGUGUGUGUAAUGUCGGCGAGAAUGUUGACGUUUAAUUCAGCUCGUCGGUUGCACCGUGUACAACUCGCGUGGAACUGUCUCGAAUAAUGUCAACGGCUUCCUCGUAACUGGCUGCACGGGUUCUCGAUAAUGUUGCACGCGGCCGGACUCGCGUAAGCUCUAGAAACGGGCUACAUGAACGAACGGUCGUCGUACGCGCGAGGGCUUUGGCUCGAACUGUGACGCGCCAUAUUGGUUCAAGAGAAUUGUUUCAUAGUUAGUGGGGCCUUCGGUGCGAUCAGUUUUUUUUCCCCCCCGGUUCGCAAAUGCACGCGUAAUAACAGGAUUCCGAGACGAUGGAAGAGACGAAGAUCAUCUAUCACAUCGACGACGAGGAGACCCCGUACCUGGUCAAGCUCACCAUAUCACCGGAAAGGGUCACUCUGGCAGACUUCAAAAAUGUCUUGAAUCGGCCGAAUUACAAGUAUUUCUUCAAAUCGAUGGACGAUGAUUUCGGUGUUGUGAAAGAAGAAAUUGUUGAUGAUGAUGCUCAUCUUCCCUGUUUCAAUGGACGGGUUGUUUCCUGGUUGGUGUCUGCCGAGGGCAGCAAUGUCUCAGAUGGUGCAUCACAGUGCACAGAUUCAGUGGCACACAGCGAGGCAAAGCAUGAUCGUGUUGAUCAUGUGACACCUGGUCAUACAAAUCGUGGCCCACCGCCACUUUCUCACGACGACACUCUAACUGAAACUGAAAGUAUUAUAAGUAGUCGGCAGGGGCAUCAUUUACAUAAAAGUUCAAGACAUCAUUCAGACAAGUACAUUGACAAAUACAAAAACAAGUACAAUGGACUUCGUAUAAAUGGUCAUUCAAAACACAGAUCAGGCCAUGGUUAUGAGACUGCUUCUAUUUUAAGUUCAGAUUUAGAGACAACCACAUUUUUAGAGUCAGAUGACGAUGCAAGUAGCCGUAUAACAUCGACCACAGGCAGACACACUAAUAUGAGUAGUACAGUCGACAGAGCUACCUUAGAUCGACGUAGACCACAAAGAAGACGGCGUCACAGAUUACUGCCUAUGUCGAGAACAUCAUCGUUUAGCAGUAUCACAGACAGCACAAUGUCCUUAAAUAUUAUAACGGUUUCAUUAAAUAUGGAUACUGUAAACUUCCUUGGGAUUAGUAUUGUUGGUCAAAGUAACAAGGGUGGUGAUGGGGGUAUCUAUGUUGGUUCCAUAAUGAAAGGGGGAGCUGUUGCUUUAGAUGGUCGAAUAGAACCUGGAGACAUGAUUCUUCAAGUAAACGAUAUUAACUUCGAAAAUAUGUCUAACGACGAAGCAGUUAGAGUACUGCGCGAAGUGGUUCAAAAACCAGGACCAAUCAAACUAGUAGUAGCUAAGUGUUGGGAUCCUAAUCCAAAAGGAUACUUCACAAUACCACGCACAGAGCCUGUACGACCUAUAGAUCCUGGUGCUUGGGUGGCUCACACAGCUGCCAUCAGGGGUGAAGGUUUUCCUCCGCGUCCUCCAAGUGCUACAACUUUGACAUCAACAUCAAGCAGUCUUGCAAGUACUCUACCAGACACAGAAAGACCACUAGAAGAGCUUCACCUUACAGUCAAUACUGAUAUGCCAACAGUAGUAAGAGCAAUGGCUCGACCUGACUCAGGGUUAGAAAUUCGUGAACGUAUGUGGCUUAAAAUAACAAUACCAAAUGCAUUUAUUGGCGCAGACGUGGUGGACUGGCUUAACACCCACGUGGAAGGUUUCAUUGAUCGUCGCGAUGCCAGAAAAUACGCAUCUCUAAUGCUGAAAGCUGGCUUUAUUAGGCAUACAGUGAACAAGAUAACAUUCUCUGAACAAUGUUAUUACAUAUUCGGCGACUUGUGUUCAGCCAUGAGCAGCAUGAAAUUAGACUGCGAUACUGUUGGACCAUUACCUCCACCAAAUGCCUGGGACAUGCCUUAUUCAGGAACAUAUGCACCUCAUUCUGCAACUGGUUAUAGUCCAAUGCCAUUUAAUUUCACUAAUGAACCAACUGUGUAUGGUUAUCAUCGAGAAGAAAGUGUUCACAGUGGCUCAGGAGGUAGUAGCGCAGGUAGCGAACACAUUUGCAAAGAACCAAUCCACGACUUAAAGUCUUGCUCUUCGGCAUCCGAAUCCGAAUUGCAUAUCCCAUCGGUGCCAACUAUGCCGAGUAAGAAUUCUGGCAAUGGAAACGGUUCGAAUGGGAAACGAUCAAAUGAUAGUCGCAGUCGUUCCAGUGGUUCUGAACAGUCUGUGCAGACAGGAACUGGUUCAGGGAAUCAACAGAACCAGCAAGACUUAUCUGAACUGCGUAUGCACGAGGAGAGUCACACACAGACUAGCGAUUUGGACAACAAUAGCAGAGACAAUAUCUAUGAAGAGGACAUUUUGGAGUACCAGUUUCUGCAUAAGUGAAGAUAUAUUUGUUAAACGAAAUACGUAUACGUAAUACGGUGGUAAUAGGAGUUGAACAGGAGCUCUAAGGUAUAUAUAUAUAUACAUAUAUGAUUCCGCUUGAUUUGGGGAUCGGGCGGAUGGAAGUAGCAUACGCGAAACAUAUAUUUAUAUAUUUAAUAGGCCAAUUUUGAUAAAACGUCAUAGAAGGUAAAGGAAUCUAAACUCUCGUAUAAUUUGUAAUGGCUAUACAUAAUAGGAUAUAAGGCCAUCGAAUUUCAUGUGGUAUUUAAUAUCACUCCGAGAAUGUCUAUGUAUAAAUAAUUAUAUAUAUACGCAAUCCGCAUAAAAUUAAAAAGUAAAAAGCAGAAAAGAGGGGACGGAGAAGACGGUUUCCCGAAGAUGCCGUGAAGCGUGCUCUCAGCUACGCAGCAACGAAAUUCUUGUAACCGAACAACCGUCGGCCCUCACGCUACCAGAAUUAAUUAUGUAGUAUGAAGCAUAACACUUUGUACGAUCAACCAAGAAAACAUAAACACCAAUCGAGCUUUCUCGUAAUAUCUAAAACGGACUUUUUGUAUAAAGACUUUUUGAAACGCACGAUUUUUAAAUAUCACCGACACUACGAAACGACGAAAGGAAUCUUUGUUCGACGAUCGACGAAUUCUUCCCGUCGAUCGAAUCCACGGUUCAAUCUGCUUUAUACUAAAUAAUUGAUCACGCGCCGUACAAGUACGAUUUUAUUUUUACUACUCGUUAACACUCAAUUACUCGAUACGAAUGGCAAUACGUAAAUAAAUUGUAAAGAUAAGAUUGUACAAUUUGAUGAAACUUUCUACUCCGGCAUCGUGCAUGAUUUGACACCUUAUUCCGGUAUCCGAGCGCCUGGUUACCUGGUGGCUACGUAUCAAGAGUUGCGUUCCUUUCUCUCGGUUCUUCCUUGGAAUUUUACGAUGCCGAUUAAAACGUGAUAUUAUUUAAAAAAAAAAGCAUUAUAUUAAUUAUUCGAACACUCAUACGCACAAAGCUAAUGCAGUUAUUAAUAUUAAAACUCGACAGUUGAUUUAAUUUAAAUCGCCGAAUGAGACUAAAAUGAUUCAAAGAAUAAAUAAUAUAUGUGUUCAUUUAUUCAGACUGAAAUAUCAUUUUACUCUUGAUUCAUAGAACACCUCCAAGAAGACCCCCCAAUACCUGUCAACUAAUUAAGUCCGCCGUUUCCAAACAAAACCAGAAAAACGAUAUGUUUAGUCAGAUGGUUCACGGAUACCCGAAUAUUCGAAGUAUCAAAAGCCGAUUGCGGGGGGCGUGUGUGUGUGUCUCUCGGUAGCCGAUCGAGACAUCGACCAGUCAAUACGAAUCGAAGGAAAGUUUUAUUGAUUGAAGCGCACUUUUAAGCUGCCUCGACUGAAGUAUUUUAAUGUCAUUAUAGAGUACCAUAGUACAAGGCGACGAGGAUGAUAGUCGAUCGAUAUCGCAUCUACGACCGAUAAACAUGUUUCUUUCUUGUAUUUUCUACCCCGGCGAGAGACUUUUUUUAUUCGAGUACCCUGUACCCGCGACGUUCAACAAUUGUUCUAUUUAUUACCGUAAGCAAGGCUGCAGAAUUUGUAUAAAACGGAAUGAAACUAAGGCGAGAAAGAAAGAAAGAGAGAGAGAGAGAAAGUGAAAAAGAGGAAUGGACAAAAAAAGGAAGGAGAAGAGAAACGGAUAAAACGACGAACGAUUUUUCGCGUGUGCGUCGGUGGAGAUCCGCGAGGACAGGUGUGCUAGGCUGAAUGUUGACGAAUUUUUACUUUACGAGCAUUCUUACAGAGGUGAGAACGUUUCUAAUCCAUAGUAUGUAUGAUGUACGUUGGAUGCGACGAAUGAUCGCGACAAGGCUCACACGAUUCCGCGAGAGAGAAAGAGAGUAGGAGAGGUGCGACGACAUAAGUUAUAAAACGACGAAAAGAAUUUCAAUACAUGUAGUAGUGUGUGGAUAUACAGGGAAAUAGAUUGUAAAGAUUUUUAUGACUGUCUGAAAUUA